AUCCCCUCAAAGGCUGAAACCCACCAAGCAAACAUGAUGGACAUUUGGUCUUGGAUAUGUGAGCUUCCUAACAAUGGCGAUUGGGGUGAAUCAGACCCACACCCACCACUCGCCUUUACAAUGGCGAGUUCCGAGGAAGGCGACUCAAGCUCAACUCGUUCGAUCCAACUCAAAGCUGAGCGUACCAUGGGGUCCGAUUCAGAGGUCUGUAUAACCUUCACAAUAAGCUUCCAAGGGUUCCAAUCUUCACCUCUUUGGGUCUCUGACCCCUGUCCUCUAUCUUCAGAGCAACCUUUCCUCCCUUUAGUACUUCAGCUUCUCCAAGAAACCAUCAGCCGUUCACCAGCAAUGCCCAACACCAUUUGCCCGAGGUCUCAGCUUCAAAAACUCAAACCCGAACCGAUUUCUUGGAUCAUUGAGUCUCACUCACCCGAGUCAUUCUCGAGUUUCUUUAACCUUGUCCUUCUCACACGCUUGUUUUGGCUAUGUUCUUGGGAUGCUCCUAGUGAAAUCGGGUCUUUCUAUUUCCAGUACUUACUAGGUCCAAACAUCGAAGCCUUAACGUUUAAACAAGUCCCCGUGCUGAGGACCUUUCUGGUCUCCACUGGUGUCGACACCGAGCUGUGUUUCAUGCGAACCUUGGGGUACAUGUUGACCAAAUGGAUCAUUUUAAGUGAACUCAGCGUUGGAUUAAAAACGCUAAUAACUCCUUUAAAAGGGCAGCAGCAGCAUUUGGGAUUUUCAUAUGCAACCGAGGCUCAUGGAUAUUGGACCUUGAAAGGGUAUGCACCGGUUAAUGCAAUGAAGCUAUUACAUUCGAGUGAUCAGAAAAGCCAAUUUCCGGCCACCGGAGCAAAGGGUUCACUGUUAAGGUACGCACUAGCACACCAGCAGCUCGAGGCCGUCAUUCAAUUGGAAUACACCAUUGGAUUCCAUGAUGGGUACAUUCAAGUGAACGCACGUGUGGAUAACUUACGCUUCCACGUGGCUAGACUAGGGUUCAGCAAAAAAAACGACGACAUGGAUGAUUUCUUGAACGAGAAACACUUCCCGUCGAGGAUCCGAGUUUGGGUCGGACCGGAAGUCGGGUCAACGUACGUGUCCGGGUUAACCUUGGGUCGGUCCACGAACAAUGGUGAAAACGAAGUCGAAACACAAAGGAUCCUUAAAGGGAGUUUCGGGAAAUAUUCAAAGGAUUCCUCCCAUGUUAAAGCAAGAGCAAGGGUUUCCAUGAAGAACAAGAUGAAGAACUGGAGGUGGGAUCAAGACGCGGAAGGGAACGCCGCGGUGUUCGACGCGGUGCUAUGCGACAACGUGACGGGCCAAGAAAUCGCAACGUGGAAAUCGCUCGAUCAAAACAGCAACGGCAGCAGCCAUGGUUUCCGGCAUAGGUACUAUGGAGCUAACAGGCCAUUUACCAAAGCUGGUGGAUUGGUAUUUGCAGGAGAUGAUUAUGGAGAAGGUGUAGGAUGGAGAUUGAACAGGGACAUGGAAGGGAGUGUUUUGAAAUGGAGAAUUGGAGGUGAAGUUUGGUUGAGUUAUUGGCCUAAUAAUGUGAGGAGUUCUUAUGUGGAAACAAGGUGUGUUGAAUGGUGUGAUGAAGUUGAUUUGCCAUUAAUCCCGCCCGAAAAAUAAAAUAGAGAUCUUAAAAGCUUGUGAAAAUUAUAGUCAACGUUUCGGUUCAUUUGUUAUUAGUGUAAAAAUAGCGGUAAUAAUAAGAUUAGAUAUUGUAACAAUACUGUAUUACAAAAUAAAAAAUAAACUAAAUGCACCGUA